AUGCUACCAAUGUGGCUGACAAAAUCGAGCACGGACUCUCUCAGUGCGGGGAUCUGUCGACCUGGAUCGCGGCAGAUUUCGGAUUAUACUGCGAUGACAAGCAAGUCAAGGGGUAGCAGUGGCUACUUUGAUGGACAGCGGAGGUUUGAGGCCCUUACUGAAGUUAGGCAAGAAGCAGAAGCAAUCACGUAUCAGUUCACACAGCAGUCUUCAAUGCAUGGUCUGCAAUACAUCGGAUCAUCUGUAAACCCUGCACUCCGAAGAUUAUUUUGGGCUUGCUGCUUCGUGGCUUCAGUGGCCUUCUUCCUCAACGCCGUCAUACCUAGACUGAGCGAUUACCUACGGAACCCCGUCCUCACCAAGAUCAGUAUUGAGCGAUCCCAUCCCAUGACCUUCCCGGCCGUCACCAUUUGUAAUUUCAAUCCUUACCGGAAGAGCAUCCUAGAAAGUAGACCACAAGUCGCCGCGAUAAUGCAAUCAGCGUACAAGUCGAGUUCAUCAGAGUAUAUUGGCUUAGAAGGAAUUAACCAAUCUGACCCACUUAUCAACGAAACUCUCCAUAACACCAUCAACCACGACAUAGUGGUCGAAGCGGCUCAUCCUCUCCUUCCAAUGAUCUGGGGCUGCAGAUGGGACGGGGAUGAUAUCCCCUCGUACGAUUUCUUCACUACAUCCUACACGGACUUCGGAAUAUGUUAUACCUUCAAUUCGAGGGAGUUUCAAGAGAAGAAUGAGAAACUGCAGACAAAUGCUACAGGGAGUAAUAGCGGGUUGCAUCUCAGGAUGACUGUAGAGCACUUGGAGUACUAUUUGCAGAAUCCAUUGUCAAAUUCUGCAGGAAUCAAGAUGAUGCUCCACGACGCGGACACUCUACCUUUGGUGAAGGAAUACGGCAUGGCAAUCACACCUGGCACUGAAAAUUUCAUGGGGAUUCGGCAGGUGAAGCACUCCUUUCUUCCUCCACCGGCUGAGAAUUCACACUGCCGAGACACUACAGGACCAGGAUUUAGAAACCCUUUGGCGUUUUAUCCAACGUAUUCAUAUUCUGCUUGUCGUUACGAAUGCUUAGCCAACUAUACCCUGGAGAAGUGUGGGUGCAGAGGUGCACUCAUGCCAGGGCCAGGGAAUUACUGCACGAUGUAUGAGUAUUUUGCUUGUGAGCUAACGAUGGAGAGUAAGUAA